GUAAAGUAGAUCGGUUCUUGAAAAGAAAUGGUACUACACACGCAAGUUGUUUAUUCUUCUUCCUUGGACAUUUCUUAAUUGUUUAUUCCUUACAAAUAAAAAACAUUUUCAUUUGUAUAUGAACCACAUUGUCCCCACAACUCUGGAUGAAUCUUUAAGCUGUAUCCACUUGAUAAUCUAGGCAUGCAUCUCUCUCUAUCUCUCCCUCUGCAUAUAUAUUUAUUGCAUACCUCUCUAUCUCUCUCUCUCCUUUGUGGCCAAAAGUGUAGUGUGAAAUAUUAGUGAAACAAUCUCUUCAAGCUUCUUCUCUGCUCUUCAUCUUUUUCUGGUUGUUGUUAACUAAAGAAGUCUAUAAAGUGAAGCUCUAUUAAUGAUGGAGUCUGUGAAACCAAUGGAUGUUGCUUCAGGAAAAGGAAAACUCAGACGCACAUUUGCCAAGGUUAUCAACAUUAAGAAGCUAACCGGUGUUGUUCCAGAAGACAACAAGGUUGAGAGAGUGAAGAAGAGCCAAGAAAAUGUAAAGUUGGAUAAAGAUUUAGUGAAGAAUGCCGCAAAUCUGUCUGAGUCCUUUGACAAGCUGGAAGAAGAGUAUGAGAAAAGGCUUUCCUUGGAAGCACUUCUCGCAAAGGUCUUUGCUACGAUCUCUUCCAUAAAAUCUGGUUAUGCGCAGUUGCAGUAUGCUCAGUCUCCGUAUGAUCCAAAUGGGAUUCAGAAAUCAGACAACUUGGUAGUAGCAGAGUUGAAGACAUUGUCAGAGCUGAAACAGAGCUUCUUGAAGAACCAGCUCGAUCCAAAUCCUGAUAGAACUCUUGUUCUUGCAGAGAUUCAAGAAUUGAGAAGCCUGCUAAAGACUUAUGAGAUCAUGGGGAAGAAGCUUGAGUGUCAGUUAAAGCUUAAAGACUCUGAGAUCAUAUUUCUUAAAGAAAAGUUUGAAGAAGCAGUGAGUCAGAACAAGUUGAUGGAGAAGAGACUAAACCAAAGCGGCCAACUUUGCAAUCCUCUGGAUCAUAAUCUUCAUCUCUCGGCGCUAAAUCCGACCCAUUUCGUUACUUAUCUGCACCACACUGUCAAAUCUAUCCGAGGAUUCGUCAAAUUGAUGGUGGAGCAGAUGAAACUCGCAGAUUGGGACAUCGACAUGGCAGCUGAAUCAAUACAGCCUGAAGUAUUCUAUUACAAGCAAGACCACAAGUGUUUCGCUUUCGAGCAUUACGUUUGCAAGAUAAUGUUUGAAGCGUUUCAUCUAGCUUACUUCUCAAACGAAUCAUCGAAGCAGAAGAAGAGCAAAGAAGACAAAGCAACGUUCUUCGAGAGAUUCACAGAGCUUAGAUCGAUGAAACCAAGAGAGUACUUAGCAUCACGACCUAAAUCAAGAUUUGCUAGAUUUUGCAGAGGCAAGUAUCUGCAGCUCAUACAUCCCAAAAUGGAGGAAGCGUUCUUCGGACAUUUGCAUCUAAGAAACCAAGUUACCGCAGGUGAGUUCCCGGAGACUAGCUUAUACACUGCGUUCGUCGAAAUGGCGAAAAGGGUUUGGCUUUUACAUUGCCUCGCUUUCUCCUUCGACCCUGAAGCUUCGAUCUUUCAAGUACCCAAAGGGUGUAGAUUCUCAGAAGUGUACAUGAAGAGCGUGGCGGAAGAAGCGUUUCUGUCGUCGGAAACUGAGCCGGGAGUUGCGUUUACGGUGGUUCCCGGGUUUAGAAUUGGUAAAACGUCGAUACAGUGUGAGGUCUAUCUCUCACAUUCACGUCAACGCCGUCCGAUCAGAUAAAAUCCCGGCAAUGAUGUCACAAGGGUAUUAGAGUAAUUUAGGUGGUGGGGAACCUUUUUUCUUUAGAAGGGGUAGGAAAAAAUAAAUGAGGAGAACAAAAAAUUACUGACCGUUGGAUUAAGGGAAGAGGCAAAGUAUGUAAAUGUGCUUUGUUGAGAUUUUUUUAUGUUAAUGGUUUUUAUUUUUUCCUUUGUCAAUAUUAGAGCAGAGAAGACAGAAGCAUCUCUUAGCUGUUUUCCAUCGAAUUAUUAUUAUUAUUACAUGAUCGUCACUCACUCA